AUGGCGAAGAAGAUCAUCACUAUUGUGGGAUUGACGGGUAGUCAGGGUGCCUCCAUUGCCGAUAUCUAUACCAAGGAGCAAGGCUGGCAUGUCCGCGGCCUCACCCGUGAUCCAAGCAAGCCAUCAAGCCAAAGUUGGGCUGACAAGGGGGUUGAACUUGUGAAGGCCAACCUCAAUGACGUCGCCACAUUGAGAACAGCGUUCGCCGGGUCUAACGUUAUCUUCGGCGUCACCGACUUCUGGGGAGUUGUGUGGGAUCCUAAAGAACAGGCGCUGGCAGAGUCAACCGGCCAACCCAUAACCGAAUUCGCAUACAAGACUGAGGUCCAACAGGCCCGCAACAUCAUAGAUGCCGCAAACUCCACGAUUGGCACCUUAGACCGACUCGUGUUUUCAACUCUCUCGCACACCAAGAAGUGGAGCCAGGGAAAGUAUAUCCACAACCUACACUUCGAUGCGAAGUGGAUGGGUGUUGACUAUUUGAAGUCCACUUAUCCAGCACUGGAUAGGAAGACUUCGUAUCUACAGGUCGGGCUUUAUGUGACCAACUGGAAGAAGGGCCUACACAUGGCCCGGCCGACUAAGCAAUCUGACGGCUCUUUUGUGAUGAGCGUUCCUAUAGACGGUGAUGCCCCGGUUCCUAUGGUGGAGCCGCGUCAGGAUACGGGCAAAUUUGUCAAGGCGCUUGUACAGGUCGAGCCAGGCAAAAAUCUGCUCGGCUACGGAAGCUUCAUUAGCUGGAACGAAUUUGCGGCUCUGUGGGGGAAAAUCCAUGGCUUGAAGUGUCGUUUCGAAAGAGUCCACCGCGAAGUACUUGAAAAGGCCGUCCCUGGAGGCGUUGGCGAGGAACUUGCUGAUAUGUUUGAGUACAUCGGGGAAUUUGGGUACGAUGGUCAUGAUCCAAGCAUUGUUCAUCCUCAAAGUCUUGGCGUCGAUAUCCCUGUAUACACUGCGGAGGAGUAUAUCAAGGAGGAAGACUGGCCUGAAGUACACAUGUUUGCAUUGUUUAUGACCCAAGUUGGGGCCCCGGACCCAGGCUGGGUCGAGGACUUCGACCCAAAACCCAACUCAGUCCGGAUUCAAUAUUCUUAUGCCCAAUCUGGUCAAUCGUCGCAGGUGUAUAAUACCUUCCUCGACUGCGUGACGACCAAGCGAAGAUACCAUUGUACUGGCAUUAAGCACUGCAUUUACGCACCUGAAACAAUCACCAAAAUGAGCCACUAUACGGCAGAUCCAGCAUUACAUCAGCGAGUUGUUGCUGAAAAGACGAGAAUUGAAGGUCUUCAUGUUAUUACGCCGGCGCAAAGAGAGAGCGCUGGAAUAUACUACGGGGCACUACAUCUUUUUCAGAAGUUUAAGGCAUGCCCAGGUCUUCAAGAUGAGUCCUGCCACGUUACCUUUGGGCGCUACCCUUUAGCAAACACUAAUGGCAUCAACUUCCCAUACCUUGCAUGCUCUAAGAAACAACGGGGCCAUUGGCAUAAGAAUCUCACUGUAUAUGCUCGAUUCACGCAUCCACAGGAUAGAGAGAAGCCAAACAAGAUGCCAUGUGCAGUGCUAUUUCAUACAUUCAUCCCAAUCGACUACAAUAAGCACCCGUACGCUAUCUUCUACUCGCGAGGACGCCAUUCGCAUACGCCCCCACCACCAGAAAAGCUGCCGCAAGACAUGAUUUCGGGCCUACUUGAUCUCAUCACGAGAAGUAUGAGCCAUGAGCUUACCGCAACUAAGUUCAACUCUAGUCCUGAGUUAAAAGAGUUUUGCCGUCAGUUUCGCGGUAAAUCGCUGUCCCAGAUCCACGCGAGCUUUGCAAACCAAGACCGUUUAAAGACGCUUAUCGCAAAGCAAAGAGCUUUAGCGUAUCCUCUUGGACGAGACUUGAAAGGUGUCGUUUACGAAUGUGAGACAAAACAAGUAGGGAUCUAUGUUGAAUAUGGUGUCCAGAUCAUCUGUGCAUUUAACGAGCAGCUUAAGAUCCUAGCCUCUCUAGAUUCAUUUGAGCUUGAUGUGUCCUAUAAGCGCGUGAAAGGCGAGUUCAACGAGCUAGUAUUUGCGGCAUUUUUAAAAUCUCAUGGCAAAGGUCCUGGCCACGAGGGGCAGUAG